AUGCCAAGGGGAGAUACUAACUUACAGAAACCGGGCAAGAAGGUGUUGCUACGUAACCACCCAGGCUGGGAGCUGGGGCCUGAGGAGCCCCUUUGUUCCCUGUCAGAGUCUCCCCGGCGGGAAGUGGCCCCCGCAGCCGGUUCAGACCUGGCUUCCCGAGGACGCCCCCUCUCGCCACUCUCUUUGGAUGAAUCCCCCGAGCUGGGCUGCGAGGCGGGCAGGGGGACGGGGGCCCUCAGGGCCCCCCUGGUGCUGCUCGCGCUCUGGGCGCUCCUGGCUUCGGUCCAGGGCUCUCAGGGCCGUCCCUCCUGGCGCUACGUGUCCUCGGAGGUGGUGACUCCUAGGAAGGAGACGCGCCGUGGCAAAGGCUUCCAGGCGCCGGGCUGGCUCUCCUACAGCCUGCGUUUCGGGGGCCAGAGGCACGUCAUCCACCUGCGGCCCAAGAAAAUUCUUCAGCCCAGACAUCUGCUGCUGACGACCCAGGAUGACCAAGGAGCCUUGCAGAUGGACCACCCCUACGUGCCCGCAGACUGCUACUACCUCGGCUACCUGGAGGAGAUUCCUCUCUCCACGGUCGCCGUCGACACGUGCUACGGCGGCCUGCACGGAGUCAUGAAGCUGGAUGACCUUGCCUACGAGAUCAAGCCCCUGAAGGACUCCCGCAGCUUCGAACACGUCGUUUCCCAGAUAGUGGCCGACCGCAACGCGACGGGGCCCAUGUACACGCUGAGGCACAAGGAGGACGUGGGCGCCCUGCUCUCCGAGGCGGACCCCAGCGCGGCUCCCAGGCUCUCUCCGUCGGGCUAUGCUUCGCACGCGUCCCACGUCAUAGGCCAAGUCCAGUGUUCCACUUCCAUGUACCGGAUGUUUGCAAACAUCUCGAUGUGCAUCCAGUUCAUAGUGCGGCUGUCCAGUCUGUCUGACAACAUGCUUCGCGGUCUUAAUUCGAGGUUCCUGCUUACUCUCAUAACCAUAUACACGGACAGGGAUCCCGCCCCCCUGAACGACUACAGGGUUCCAGGAAAAUUUCACAAUAAAAGCAUGACGCAGUUUCGUUGCGGCAACUCCGUAGUGGAGGACACAGAGCAGUGUGACUGUGGCUCCCUGAAGCAGUGCUACACCAGCGAGUGCUGUAAAAGCAACUGCCGGUUUACACCCCGAAGCAAUUGUCAUAUAGGGUCGUGCUGCACCAACUGCACCUACUCCCCUUCCGGGACCCUCUGCAGACCUGUCCGGAAUAUAUGUGAUCUUCCAGAGUACUGUACCGGGUCCUCCAUAAGCUGCCCCAGAAACGUUUACAUGCAAGACGGAACCCCGUGCACCCAGGAAGGCUACUGCUACAAAGGGAACUGCACCGACCGCAGCAUGCACUGCAAGGAGAUCUUCGGUGCCAGCGCGGAGAACGCUCACGAGAUCUGCUACAACAUAAACAUGGGAACGAGCCGAUUCGGACACUGUUACAGAGAGUACGAUAAAAUGACCUUCGUCGGCUGUGCUAGACGGGACAGGAUGUGUGGGAGGCUCCAGUGCACCAACGUCACCCAUCUCCCCCACCUUCAGGAACACGUUUCCUUCCACCAGUCCAUCAUAUCAGGCCUCCCCUGCUUCGGGCUGGACGAGCACCGUUCCACGGGAGCCACAGAUGCCGGCCACGUGAGGAACGGCACUCUGUGUGCUCCUGGAAAGUUCUGCACUGCCAAUCGGUGCAACGGGACUGUGGCUGACCUGAAUUACGACUGCGACCCUGGGAAGUGCAAUCGUCGGGGUGUUUGCAACAACAAAAGGAACUGCCACUGCCACAUAGGCUGGGACCCUCCCCUGUGCCUACGACGAGGUGGUGGUGGGAGUGCGGACAGCGGACCCCCUCCAAGGAGAAGGCGGCUGAAUCUGGACACAGAAGACUGGAGCGAGAAGUCCCCGCGGCUGCCCAAGUGCGCGCGCUGCAGGAACCACGGCUACGCGUCGCCGCUCAAGGGCCACAAGCGCUUCUGCAUGUGGCGGGACUGCCAGUGCAAGAAGUGCAACCUGAUUGUCGAGAGACAGCGCGUGAUGGCCGCGCAGGUGGCCCUGAGAAGGCAGCAGGCCCAGGAGGAGGAAUUGGGCAUCAGCCACCCCAUCCCGCUGCCCGGUGCGGCCGAGAUACUUGUGAAGAGAGAGAACAAUGGCAGCAACGCGUGCCUCAUGAUCGAGAACAGCAGCCCCUCUCAGCCACCGCCGGCCAGUACCCCCACCACUGCAGCUUCAGAGGGACGCAUGGUCAUCCAGGAUAUUCCUGCUGUCACCAGCAGAGGGCAUGUGGACAACGCACCUGACCUGGUUCCAGACUCCACCUACUACAGCAGCUUCUACCAGCCGUCUCUGUUUCCUUACUACAACAAUCUGUACAACUACCCGCAGUACUCCAUGGCCUUGGCCGCUGAUUCCUCUUCUGGGGAUGUGGGAGGUCCCCUCGGAGGAUGCCCUGUGAAGAAUAGCCUUCGGAGCCUCCCAGCACCGUAUGUGCCUGGUCAGGCAGGAAACCAGUGGCAGCAGAUGAAGAACCCGGAGAACCGCCACGCAGUGAGUUCCCAGUACAGGAUGCAUUCCUACUAUCUGCCGCCGCCGCCCUCCUACCUGGGCCAGAGCGUGCCCCAGAUCUUCACUUUUGAGGAUGGCCCCUCCUACUCGGAAGCCAAAGAGAGCAUAUUCUCGCCUCCCAGCAGUCAAGAUUCUGGCUUGGAUUCCCUCUCGAACAGCUCUCCCAUUAGUACCGAGAGCACAAAGGGAGUGCUCGAACGCGAGCCUGCGUCGGAGCCCAGCAGCUUCACGGUCACUCCCGUCAUCGAGGAGGACGAGUGAGCGGCGCCCGCUGCCGAGGGCGGUUCACUUGGAAUACAAGGCUUAUUCCAUUUCCCACGGGGUUUGUUAAUAUUCUGAGUUGACUCAUGCCGAUUUAAAUGUUGAAAACGUGUUUGGUUUAUACUCCUUAGAGUUUCGUCCAAAGGUGAAAACACAUUUGUAAUA